AUGUUGGUGUUCUUGGCCGUGGUACCGCCCAUUGCCCACGUACAAUACACGCGCUGUGCACGCGCCCAGGAGAGGGAAGAAAAAGUGACGUGCGUGCCCCAAGCUUCCAUCGUGCCUCUCCCCCCAAAACCACCUCCACGCCGUACCGACCAAUUAUCGUCGCCGCAAACGACCGCUGCAAAACAUCUCGCACUCAAGAAGACGCAUAUAACCAGCAUCAUGGACGUCGCCGACCAGUGGAUGCUCGAAUAUCUCCCAGGCUUCCUCCCCGACCCGCUCCCGCAGCUCCUCCACGAGCACGUCCUCCACCCGCACGCCUACGUCCAGGUCCUGAAGCGCAAGGCGAUGCACCUCCUGGCCCGCCUCUUCAACGCCGCCUACCCCUUCCUCUCCCCCGUGGCGGACCGCCUCGCCCGCGCCCUGCACGACAGCCCGGACCUCGUCGUGCUGGCGGCCCUGCUCGUCGCCCUCGCCGCCGCGCUGCAGGUGCUGCUCUACGUGCGCCGCGUCGUGGCCUGGGGCGUCCGCCUCGCGCUGCGCAUGGCUUUCUGGGCCGGGGUCGUCGCGCUCGGGGCGGUCGUCUGGAGGAGAGGGCUCGAGGAGAGCGUGCGCGACGUCGUGGUCGCCGGCGGCAAGGUCGCGGGCUACGCGGCGGCCAUCGGCGAGGUGUGGAUGGCCGAGUACAGGCGGUACGAGGCGCAGACGCAGCGGGUCGCGCAGGCCGGCGCCGGCGCCGGCGCGAGGAGGCAGAGGUAG